UCCUGUAGUCAGUUAGUCGCCCUCCUGCACCUCCUGCAGUAAGAACUCUCAUCUCAGCAGUUCAAGGGAGUUUAUUAUUUAUUAGAUUAUUUGUCAUGGAGGGCAGCAGGAUCACCUGUGGCCUGUGGCUGCUCGUCUUUCUCUCUGGAUGUCUGCGGCUGUCGGCUUUCAACCUGGACACCGAUAGUGUCAUGAAGAAGAGCGGGGACCCGGGUAGCUUGUUUGGCUUCUCUCUCGCGAUGCAUUGGCAGCUUAAACCAGAUAGCAAGAGAAUGCUGCUGGUGGGAGCCCCGAGAGCAAAUGCCCUGAGUGGUCAUACAUCUAAAGUGACAGGAGGACUGUACAGCUGUGACAUGACCUCCACCUCAACGGGCUGUACCAGAAUUCUCUUUGACAACAACGAGGAUACUUCAAAAGAAAGUAAAGAGAACCAGUGGAUGGGAGUGUCAGUCAGCAGUCAGGGGCCAGGAGGAAAGAUUUUGACCUGUGCCCAUCGCUACCAGCGUCGAGGCAAUAUGGGGACUCCGCUUGAAUCCCGUGACAUUAUCGGCCGGUGUGUUGUGUUGGAUCAGGACUUGACCAUUGAUCCCUUUUCAACUGAGGAAGGAGGCAACUGGCAUUUCUGUGAGAGCCGGCCUAGAGGCCACGAGCUGUUUGGUUCCUGCCAGCAGGGCCUUUCGGCCACAUUUGACAAGCAAUACCACUACCUCAUCUUUGGGGCUCCUGGAGCAUACAAUUGGAAAGGUAUUGUACGCUUGGAGCAAAAAAAUGAUACCCUGUUAGAGCUUGGCAUCUAUGAAGAUGGUCCUUUUGAGGCUGGAGACGAGAAUGAUAAGAACCCUGACCUGAUCCCUGCUCCUCCCAAUAGCUACCUCGGCUUCUCUUUAGACUCUGGGACUCGCCUGACGAAUCAGAAAGAUGAGCUGACUGUGGUGGCAGGAGCUCCAAGAGCAUACCAUAGUGGUGCGGUGGUGCUCUUGAAAAGAGGUGAAAAUGGAAACAUCUUGCUAGAAGAGUUCACGCUUAAAGGAGAAGGCCUGGCCUCAUCCUUUGGCUACGAUGUGACCGUAGUGGAUCUCAAUGGGGACGGAUGGGAGGACAUAGUGGUGGGAGCACCUCAGUACUUUGAAAAGGAUGGAGAAAUCGGAGGCGCCGUCUAUGUGUAUGUCAACAAAGCAGGAAAAUGGAACAAAGUCAAACCCAUAAGAAUAGAUGGACCUCAGGACUCCAUGUUUGGCCUGGCUGUAAAAAAUUUGGGAGACAUCAAUCAGGACCGUUUCCAUGAUUUUGCAGUAGGAGCUCCUUACGCCGAUGAUGGUGCCGGCAAGGUUUACAUUUACCAUGGAUCAGCCACAGGACUCAAAUCUAUAGAAGCUUCUCAGGUUCUGUUCAGCCAGCCAGGAGCUAAGCUGUUUGGUUACUCUUUGGCAGGCAAUAUGGACUUGGAUGGCAACACCUACCCUGACCUGGCUAUCGGAUCUCUCUCUGACUCUGUAUUUGUCUACAGAGCGCGUCCUGUUAUCAACAUCAAAAAGGAAAUCAAGUUCUCCCCAAAAGAAAUCGACCUCACUAAGAAGAACUGCGGCAACAACUUCUGCUUGGAUGUCGAGGCAUGCUUCACCUACACUGCCAACCCAAUGACCUACUCCCCGAAACUGACGGUGGCCUACUCCAUCCAGGCUGAUGCUGACAUUAGGAAGGACUCGCGAAAUUCUAGGGUGACCUUCAUCGAUUCUCCUGAUAAUAUGUACGAGUCCAAAGGAGUCAUGAUCAUGGACAAAGGAAAGAAACAGUGCAUUACUAAAAAGAUUUCUGUCCAGGAGAAUAUUCGAGACAAGCUGCGUGGGAUCCCCAUCGAUAUAUCUGUGGAAAUCCAGGAAUCCAAACGUAAACGCAGACAGAGCUCAACUGCUCCACUGGCUCCGGUCCUGGACGCCAAUGAGCCAGCGACAACUCGAUCAUUGGUGAAUUUCCUGAAGGAGGGAUGUGCCAACAACAACAUUUGUCAGAGCAAAUUGCAGGUGAAAUAUCGCUACGGCCACAGGCCAAUCGACGGAGGCACCUUCACUGAAUUACAACUUGAGAAUGGAGUGCCAGUGAUCUCACUCAAUGAACAGAAGGACGUUGUCCUGGAGGUCCAUGUUACCAAUCCGAACGGGGAUGAUGCUCAUGAAGCCUCUGUGGAAGCCCUCUUUCCACCCUCACUUAUCUAUACUGCUUCUCGCGUUCCAGCUACUGAGUGGCAAGUAUCCUGCAGCGCCAAUAACGAUGGUUCUAAGGUACAUUGUGAGCUUGGAAAUCCCUUCAAACGUGACGCACAGGCAACCUUCUACAUUUAUCUGAGUACAUCAAGCAUCUCUUCCAACACCACCGAGCUGGAAGUUGAUCUUCAGCUAAAUACGACAAGCGUCCAGCUGGACUUAGCUCCUGUGAAGGCAAAGGCAAAGGUGACCAUCAAGCUGCAGCUUUCCUUGACAGGAAUAGUACAGCCAUCUCAGCUCUACUUCACAGGAAAGGUCAAAGGUGAGGCGGCCAUGAAGGCUGAGAGUGACAUUGGCAGUGAGGUCACACACCAGUUCAGAAUAGUUAAUCUGGGAAAGCGCCUGUCAGGCUUUGGCACCGCCACCCUCGACAUCGACUGGCCAAAGGACACAAUGAAAGGGAAGUGGCUGAUCUACCUGACGAAGAUCAGCUUCACCGGAGUGGAGAACAUACAGUGCACUCCUAUAGAUGUGGUCAACACCCUCAAUGUGGACCUAAGUCAACCUAGGACGAGAAGAGCCGCUGAAAACUCAGAGGGAAACAACGAGGGCACUAUUUCAAGUUUAACGGACAAGAAAUAUAUAACUCUGUCCUGUGGGAAUGGGGCCAAAUGUGUAACGAUACAGUGCCCCCUGCGGGGCUUGGAUAGCAAUGCAGUGGUUACACUCAACUCUCGCAUCUGGAACGGCACCUUCAUAGAGAAUUAUUCUGAACUACAUCAUGUGGAGGUGAUGGUGAAGGCCUCUCUGCGUGUUGAAAGCACAACGAAGAACACAUUGCUGCAACAGGCUGAAGCACAGGUGAGACUGACAGUGUUCCCAGAGAGACGAGCAGAAGGAGUGCACUCAGGAGUGCCAUGGUGGAUCAUCGUGCUGUCCGUCCUGUUUGGGCUGCUGUUGUUGGCUCUGUUGGCUUUCCUUCUAUGGAAGUGUGGCUUUUUCAAGCGUGCCAUAUAUGAAGAUAAGAUUCCAAGUUACAAUGCUGUUCGGAUCAAACGGGAGGAGAGAGCAGUAAACCCUGGGUUAGGAAACUGGGAAAGUCCAGAAAAGAAGUCCUGGAUGACAACAUGGCAGGACAAGGAACAUUACUCUUAACAACAAAUGAGAUCCGACAAAAAAAAAAAAAAUUCCUGUCGCCUGAUCAACUUCAAAUUUUGCUUUUUUUUUCUGCUUUGUUUUUGCACAAUGUAGGCUGUAAAUAUCAAGAAAAAAGUUAGUUAAAAAAAAAGGAUAAAAAAUGUGGGAUUUAAUACUUGAUGACACAUUCAGUCAGGGCCUGAACUGAUCUUGGACAAAGUCUGUAUGAAACACUGGAAGAAGAGUUGCAUUGUGGGAGAUGGUCCUGCACAGCUACUUUCUGUCUAAGCUUGUUAUUGUAUAUUUACCACUUUCACAGUGUUGACUAUUCAGAGGGUUGGAGGUUUUCCAGGUUCUAUGUACAUUUUUUAAAUGUUUUUGCAGAAUUGUUGGUAUUUAUUCUUCGUGAGGAGAACUUUGUUACUGGCUAGUGAAGGCUAGUAAAUUGCAGAAACAGGUGACUUUAUGAAAAUGUUUGAUUGAGAAGUGUUUUUUUUUCUCUUCAUUUUCUACAAUGCAGCAGCCUUAACUUUUUGAUAAAUACGCCGUCUUUACAUGCUAAAGGUGCCUUAAUUUAAGGUUAAACAGCAACUUAUCCACAGUGGUCAAGAACUCAGUCUGUAAAUAAAUUAUCAAUCAAGCCCCUGCAGAAGUCACAUUUAAGGCUGUCAAAUACAAAGAGCGAAUACAGAGGUGUUUCAAAUAAAGGUUCGUUAUUUCUA